UGAUGCAGUCCGCAGAGUCCUACGGGAGCUGGAGAGUCCAACAUCUGUACCACGAGAGGCGUGAACUCCUGCCAGCAGUGUCUGGCCGUAAGUCCCGUGUGUGCCUGGUGCUCAGAUGAGUCUCUGCCUCAGAACUCGCCCCGCUGUAACCUGAAAAAGAACCUGCUGAAGGAUAAGUGCUCCCCAGAGUCUAUUGAGUUCCCAGUCAGCGAGGCCCAGAUCCUGGAAGCUCUUCCGCUCAGCAGCAAGGGCUCAGGAGACAGCGCCCAGAUCACUCAGGUCAGCCCCCAGAGGAUCGCCCUUCGGCUGCGGCCAGAUGAUUCGAAGAUCUUUUCACUCCAAGUGCGGCAGGUGGAGGAUUACCCUGUAGACAUCUACUACUUGAUGGAUCUGUCUUUCUCCAUGAAGGAUGAUCUGUCCAGCAUCCAGACCCUGGGUACCAAGUUGGCCUCUCAGAUGCGCAAGCUUACCAGCAACCUUCGGAUUGGCUUUGGGGCCUUUGUGGACAAGCCCGUGUCUCCAUACAUGUUCAUCUCCCCACCACAGGCGAUCAAAAACCCCUGUUACACUAUGAAGAGUACCUGCUUGCCCAUGUUUGGCUACAAACAUGUGCUAACACUAACCGACCAGGUGACCCGCUUCAAUGACGAAGUGAAGAAGCAGAGUGUGUCACGUAACCGAGAUGCCCCAGAGGGCGGCUUUGACGCCAUCAUGCAGGCUACAGUCUGUGAUGAAAAAAUUGGCUGGAGGAAUGAUGCAUCCCAUUUGCUGGUGUUUACCACUGAUGCCAAGACCCAUAUUGCCCUGGACGGAAGGCUGGCAGGCAUUGUCUUGCCCAAUGAUGGGCGCUGCCACAUUGGCCCGGACAACCACUACUCUGCUUCCACUACUAUGGAUUACCCAUCUCUGGGGCUGAUGACUGAGAAACUAUCCCAGAAGAACAUUAACUUGAUCUUUGCAGUGACCGAAAAUGUCGUCAGCCUUUACCAGAAUUACAGUGAGCUCAUCCCGGGGACCACAGUGGGAGUCCUGUCUGAUGACUCAAGCAAUGUCCUUCAGCUCAUCGUUGAUGCUUACGGGAAAAUCCGUUCUAAAGUGGAGCUGGAAGUGCGUGAUCUCCCCGAAGAGCUGUCGCUGUCCUUCAAUGCCACCUGCCUCAACAACGAGGUCAUCCCAGGCCUCAAGUCUUGUGUGGGCCUCAAGAUUGGAGACACGGUGAGCUUCAGCAUCGAGGCCAAGGUGCGUGGCUGCCCCCAGCAGAAGGAGCAAUCUUUCACUAUUAAGCCUGUGGGCUUUAAGGACAGCCUUACAGUCCAGGUGACCUUCGACUGUGACUGUGACUGCCAGGCCUUUGCCCAGCCUCUCAGCCCACGCUGCAACAAUGGUAACGGAACCUUUGAGUGUGGGGUGUGCCGCUGUGAUCAGGGCUGGCUGGGCUCCAUGUGUGAGUGCUCCGAGGAGGACUAUCGACCCUCUCAGCAGGAAGAGUGCAGCCCCAAGGAAGGCCAGCCCAUCUGCAGCCAGCGGGGCGAGUGCCUCUGUGGCCAGUGCGUCUGCCACAGCAGUGACUUUGGCAAGAUCACCGGCAAGUACUGUGAGUGUGAUGACUUCUCCUGUGUCCGCUACAAAGGGGAGAUGUGCUCUGGCCAUGGCCAGUGCAACUGUGGGGACUGCGUGUGUGACUCGGACUGGACUGGCUACUACUGCAACUGCACAACACGCACCGACACCUGCAUGUCCACCAACGGGCUGCUGUGCAGCGGCCGGGGCAACUGUGAGUGUGGCAGCUGUGUGUGCGUCCAGCCAGGCUCCUAUGGAGACACCUGUGAGAAGUGUCCCACCUGCCCAGAUGCCUGCUCAUUUAAGAAGGACUGUGUGGAGUGUAAGAAGUUCAACCGGGGAAAGCUACAUGAAGAAAACAACUGCAACCGUUUCUGCCGAGAUGACAUCGAGCUGGUGAAAGAACUGACGGAUACUGGCAAAAACGCGGUGAACUGUACCUACAAGAAUGAGGACGACUGUGUCGUCAGAUUCCAGUACUAUGAAGACUCCAGUGGAAGGGCUGUCCUGUAUGUGGUAGAAGAGCCUGAGUGUCCUAAGGGUCCUGAUAUCCUGGUGGUCCUGCUGUCAGUGAUGGGGGCGAUUCUGCUCAUUGGCCUUGCUACUCUGCUCAUCUGGAAGCUACUCAUCACCAUUCAUGACCGGAAGGAAUUUGCUAAAUUUGAGGAAGAACGAGCCAGAGCCAAAUGGGACACAGCAAACAACCCAUUGUAUAAAGAGGCCACCUCCACCUUCACCAAUAUCACCUACCGGGGGACUUAAUGAGAAGAGGUCAUUCUUAGACCAUCGUCAGAUGAUGCCAGAGCUGUGGGAGUCUCUGCCAUUGUGUUUACAGAGGACUUUUUUUAAAUGUGUGUUUGGGAUUUGGGGUGUGGGUUGGGACGGGCUGGAAGAAUGUCAGUCAGUGGGGAUGUAUCUCUGUGUGUACAUGUGUAUGUGUUGAGUGUGGGGAACUGUGUAAUUUAAAACUUGCAAUGUGUCUCAGGCAGAGCCCCACAGCCUUUGUCCUCAGGAUCCCUCCCCACAGGAUUCUUCCUGCUUAGCUUGAGGGGACUCAAGAUGCCAGGCAGGUGCUUGUCACCUCUGAGAAGCCAGCUUCCCUUGUCAGCCCAUUCUCCACCCCCAGAAAAGAAGGGCAGGGCUGAGGUCCCCCAACCCCCACCAUUCCAGAGGAAGUGAUGCCAAGUCUUGGUUCUUUAUGGACUUUGUAAGUUUCUGGUUCUUGGAUCUGACUGUCAACAGCUAUGGUAGAAAGUGCUUGGCGUUGAAGCUCAGUUGUAUCAUCUGUGCCUCUACCCGGUUCCCCUUUCUUCAGGCUGACAGUGGAGUUAGGGGAGAACCCCGAGUCCUCAAGAGUUGCCCGUGUCUUUUGCCAACACCUCAGUCCUGCUAUGGUUCUCUCAUAAGGAAAGUCCUUGUCACCUGGCUCUUUGGCCCAUUGAGCGUGAGGAUGGCAAGGCCACUCAGGGGUCAUGCAUGGCCUGGGGCGUGUGCCAGCAUCUCCAAGUUCAUAAUCACAGCCAUUCAGAAUUGCCUCAUUGGUAGCUCUUCCCUGGAGAUUUGUGUACAAGUGUCAUUGUUGCUUCACCACCAUCUCUUACCUCCUGCUUCUACACUCUCAUGGCCACGGGCUUUUGCUAUGAGCUGAGGAUCUCUCUCAUGGUCAGAUGCUUUCCCUCAGGGGAGAGUGCUGUGGUAAGAGCUGGAGGUCCAUCCCACUCUCCAGGCCUUCUGCUCAUCCUUCCAGGCACCUCCACACACCUCAUCCUAUGCCUCUGUGUGCUUCCUGCACCCAUCCACGGGGGUGAUUGUGUUUAUCUACCUCUUCGGUGUCUUGUGAAGGAGUCAUUCCCACGAGUCUGUUGAGCAGAGUGUCAGGGAGGAGUUGAAAGGCCAGUCAGAGCUGUGUGUGUGGCCUGUUCUCCUAUGGGCUGGACAACCUCAUUUUAUCUCAGCCUUUAAUCUGGGAGGCCGAAAGUACAAUUUUAUUUUGUUCCCUAUAGGGUCACCCAACACUAUGAUGAGGUCCAUCACUCUAAAGGAGCAUGUAUAUAAACACGCUCACAGUUAUAUUUGUAAUUUUGUAUGAUAACAAAGAGGAGCAUUAAAAAAAAAAAGAAAACCCCACACAGACUGCGUGGGGGUACAGGCAGGUCCACGUGCCAUUAUUCUUAGUAACUUGCCAGCCAGUUGCUGGGUCUGUAAGGGGCUUCUUCUUCCUGGCGGCUUGUGAGGGUGGGUAUGUGGGCGCAUUGGACCUUCCUUGAGGACGACAGACCGGAUGUUCUGUUGUCCCAGCAAGAGUGAUUUGCUUUGUCAACAUUGACUCAGAUCUAACAUUAAAAACCAGUGCUCACCACCCAAAGAAAAGAGGCCUGUAAACAGCAUCUUGAUCAGAAACCUGAGUUCUGGCCUCGGGUCGCUGUGGAAACUUGGGGUUGCUGUGGAAACAUUGUAACGUUAAGCGGCUUCAUUUUCUCUGGAGUUCGUUUUUCUUUUGGACCGAGGUAACUUGGAAGGUCUUAUUUCAAGUGUCAAUGUUCUUUUGAAAAGAUGGGGUCUCACGGAGCCCAGGAUGGCCUUGACUUGCAGUGUAGCCAAGGAUGACUUGAACUUCUGAUCCUCUUUGCCCCCUCCUCUCUGGUGCUACAAUUACAGGCAUGCGCUAUCAUGCCUGUUUUAUGCAGUGCUGGGAAUAGAACCCAGGACGUUACACAUGCUAGGUAAGAACAUUACCAACUGACCUGCAUUCCCAGCUUUAGUAUCAACACCCUAAGAUGCUGAGAUUAGAUAUGGCACCAAAUUUGUGGCCACGAUUUUGUGUAUAAGGGGACUGGAAUAUUGCUCAGUAGUGGAACAAGCGUUUAUAGGAUGUCUUGGGUUUGAUUCCCAGCACUGAAAACGUGUGUGCGUGUGUGUAUAUGUGUGCGUUCAUGUGUGAACAUGUAUGCAUGUGUGUCCAAGUGUGCACAUGUAUGCAUGCAUGUGUGCACAUAUGUGUACGUGUGUGUGUACGUGUGUACGUGUGUGUGUGUGUGUGUGUGUGUGUGUGUGUGUGUGUGUGUGUUGGUGGGGGGGUGCCCUUGCCAGUGUUUGUCUUUCAGUUUGGAGAGUGAAUGCCUUGACUUUCCCGAGAGUGGAUGGUAUUCUUAUAACUUGUCUCAGCGAGUCGCCUUCCUUCUCGGACUCCCUUCAUCUUUUGUUAGUGGGUACAUCCGAUGAAGCACUUAGUUUUUGUCCAAUUCGUUCUUUCUUGCUCACUCUGCAUACAUUUGCUUCUGCAUACUCAGGAGGGUCGUCAGUAAGGAGCAGCUGAUCCCGAUGUUGGUGUGGAGAGCGGCCUUCAGGACAGGGAUAAGCCAGUGACUGUCCUGUCUUGCCCUUGGGUUACUCUUGGCUGAGGUGAUGGGAAUACAAUAGAGGGGUGGGGGAAGAUGGUCCCAGAUCCAACCUUUAGCUACUGAGGCAGCGUCUGUGAGAGUGGAUUUUCCUUUAGGAGGACAGUUUAGAUGAGGAAACGAGCAGGGGAGGAAGAAAAUAUAUUAAAAGGUGAAGAGGUGAGAAGGAAUCUUGUCUGUUGCUGGAUGAGGCGUGUGGUGCUUGGGCGGCAGUGUUGGUCAGCACACGUCUGUAGCUGUUCUCGGGUGUCCUGAGGGGGGACCUCUAGAACUGCUCUGGCAUUGAGUACGCAGCACAGAGGGAUUGCACCCAUUCUCUUACAGGCAGUUUCAGUCCGGUCUCAGUGUCCGAGGACGGUAGGAACAAACAGCACAUGCCUGGCAGGUUGUUGCCUCGAGCUAGUUCUUUACCUCAGAGAUAUUCUGAAGCGGCCCACAGCAUUGGGAUAUUUCUCUUUGUUCAUUUCUGGUUGAAAUGACUUAAGUGCCUUCCUGACACCCUCACCACCUCCUUUGACUUGUGUAAUGGAAUUAAAUGUGCUUUCCAAAAGAA